AAAAAAAAAAUUGUUCUCUGAUGGGCUUGAGAACACCCUUACGAGAGAGUUGCAAAUAUCUCGUCCGUUUAUUCUUCCUCGCUCAAAUUCGCUCAUCGUCUCGAUUAGUUCCUCCUAAGUCCUAAGCAAGCUCGCAGCUUCGAUCUUCCUGGUCUCGUUUCUAAUUGUUGUUUGAUAUCUUAAAUGGGUUCAUCUGAGAAGAGAUCAAAGGACGUCAUGAGUGACAUACCAACCUUUAGUGCAGAGAACUUGCAGAACAAUUUGAAAGUUAUACAGAACAGCCGGACUUUUCUGUCUAUCAUCGCUGGAGUGCUUGCAGGAAUCAUUGGAUUCACAGGCUUGACUGGUUUCGUAUUUUACUUUGUGGUGAUGCUGAUCACAUCAGUUGGGCUCAUGGCCAAGGCAGGAUUCUCAGCAGACUUGUACUUUGAUUCUUGGAAUCGGGUCCUUUUUGACGGCUUUCUUGGUGGCCUUAUGUCGUUUGUGCUGUUCUGGACAUUUGCUUAUGACUUGGUGCACAUAUUCUGAGCGUUCUUCAGCUGAAAUGAAGAUGGUGAAACAACUCUCAAGAAGAAGUGUCGUAAUUUAAGAGUUUGGUAUCUGCAGCCUCUUCAAGUAAAUUGGACGAUGUUUCUCUGGCUCCCUUUUUGAACAACAGAUUUGAGUCUGUAUUACUAUUUCUGGUUCAGAAUUUACCUGCCGAUUACAUCAAUUUGUGAAACCUUUGGAUUGAUAGUUCAAGUAUUUUAAUUACCCUUGCGUCAAA